CCUGAUGAAGCAGAUUUAGCGGAAUUUGCCCACAAUACCGGCGCAAUUGAGUUUCCUUUCGCCCCGCCUCUCCCAAAUGCCAUUCCCAUCCUGUUUGUGCACGAGCGAGAAUUCGCAUCAACCCUCGAGGAGCGCAUCGUACACAGUCAACAUGUUACCGCCACGUUGGAUGGCAACAAAUGGGCAGAUGCAAACUUCAAGGGACUGAGGCUAUUCUCAUCCGGAACUGGUCUCAUCGGCACCUCCAACGGGACUCGAACCAUGACAUUACAGCCUCUCAUAUCGACACGUCAACCACCAAGACACAUCGCCACAAUUGGUCUUGGGUCAUGGGGUUAA